AUGACAGAACCAUUAGAAGAACACAGCAUCAUUGAGGAGAGAGAAGCUCUCAUGGUUUCUCCCACAGGUGGAAUCCCAACUCUAAUAACUGCCCAUUUUCUCCAACCCACUGUAGCUCAUAUUGAUGGACUACCAACCUUGAAGCCCCCUUCACUUUCCUCUGAAUCCAAAUGGCGUUUGAACGCGGCCUUCCAUGGAUGGAGAGACCCCCCAAAGAAAUGGAAAUCGUGGGUUGAUCACAUGCAUUCUCUACACGAAUUGACAUGGAAAGAAGUUGGAAUUUGUGAAGCUGUUAUCGGGUCUAUGUACCCAAUUCGAGCAAACAAUGAUUUGGUUUUCGGGAUUGCAGAGAGGUGGUGUUCUGAGACCAAUACAUUUAUAUUCCCAUGGGGUGAAGCAACCAUUACAUUGGAAGAUAUGAUGGUUUUGGGUGGGUUCUCUGUUCUUGGUGCCUCUGUUUCAAUGCCUCUUCAAGCCCAAGAAUUGGUCAGAAUUGAAGAAAAUCUGAACCAAGUGCGAAAAGAACUUAUAAGAUCAAAGGCCCAAAAGGUAGACCAUCGUGUAUGGAUGAAACAUUUUAUGCAGAGUGGAAGCGAAUUCGAGCAUGAAGCAUUUCUUUCCCUAUGGUUGUCUAGGUUUGUGUUUCCCGGAAAUGUUUAUAGCACCAUUGGUAAGCAUGUUUUUCCAAUUGCUAUUCACCUAGCUAGAGGAACACGAAUCGCGCUUGCACCACCUGUUCUUGCAAGCCUUUAUAGGGAUUUGAGUUUGUUAAAAGAAACAAUUGUUGCUUCAGCUGAAUUAGAAGCCAAUGCAAAUGAUGACAGUUCUUUAGCAGUUACAUUAUGGGCACCACUGCGGUUGGCUCAAUGCUGGGCUUGGGAGAGGUUCUCCCCAUUGCGGCCACAACCCAGUGUCAUCAAGUCCGGUGAGCCAAGAAUGGCUCGAUGGCAGUCUCUAAGAAGAUCAAAAUUUGAGAAUGUGAGAGGGGCUAUAGACUCUGCCGGGGAGAUUUUUCAAUGGCGUCCAUAUGUCACAACUGUGCACGGCCUUUCACUUCCCAAGUUUUACAAAGAAAAAGAAGAGUGGGUAUCAAACAAUCCGAGUUUGGAUGAAGAAGUGGAGUCUUUUGCUCGAUGUCUGAGGGUCUGUGAGCUUGUUGGUGUAGACUGUAGAGAACAGUACCUUCCACAUCGCGUUGCAAUGCAAUUUGGAAUGGAUCAAGACCUUCCGGGAUGGGUUCCACGCUCCAAUGCAACUCCAGAAAUUGCGUGGAACAAUUAUAGCAGGCCGGUUAGCGAUUCAAAACUAUAUAUUCCGUCUAGGCUCUCUGAGUCUGAUGUUAGCACCCAAUACUUGGAAUGGUGGAAUGAACUGUUUGUUCCUCAAGAUGCAGUUAAAGGCAUUGUGCAAAGAAAAAGAAGUCCAAGGAUGCGGAAAAGAUUGUUGCAGAUUAAAAAAGAAAUGAAAGAAGGCAAUGAUGCUGAUGUUCCUCCUGGUUUCCCUCCCAAAUGUAAGAGGGUGGAAGCUGAUAAACACACACUUGAUAUUCGAUCUCAAAGUCUCUUAUCUUGGGCUUCAGAUGAUGGAACCUCCACGAGAACGAAACCAAAACAACACAUUGUGCAGGGUGAAUUUGCAACAAAGAUAUCAGAAACAGGCACUGAGGAUGCUCAUAAUAUUGACAGCAACAAGUCCAAUGAAGAAGGAAGUAGCAGGGAUUUCACAUUCAAGCUACCAGAAUUGGAACUCGAAGCUCGGAUUCUCAGGCUAGAGAGAGUGGUUGCUGUACUAAAAGCCGCAAAAUUUGGCAACAAGUGUGUGAAAUGA